UCACGAUACCACUAGUCAUCUGAAGUUUGCAGUGUACUUAAGUACCUCGUUUCUGUUGUUCGUGGUCGGCGGAGACCUCGGAAGCACGAUGUGCUCCUGCAGUGUUUUUCUGUUUUUUGUUGGUGUAGUGAUGUGCGCUCUAGUGCUAGACGUUUCGUCCUCUCAACCGAUGAAAGAAGUGCAGUUUCUAUCCGUUCAGUAUUUCAAGGACAAGGAGGCUUCCCAGGACGUUACGCCGAUACCGAAGCUAGUAACGAACUCUUCCGUUGAGCCUAACCAGGUGGCAGAUGAUCAAGAUUCGACGGAUGAUCAUCAGAUGGACGGUAUAAAGUUGAAGGACAUUGCAUCUAGGUUACCAAGGCUCAGGAGAUCUCUGAAUGCCUCAGACCUGCAGCUUCGUCGUAAGGCAUCCUGUAGGGAGUGGGGGCAACCGCAAAUCCUGCCUACGCCCUGUUGAUACUCAAGGUUACCAAAUUGGAUCCUCCACUCUACUCUCUCAGUAGUCGCUGGAGUUGAGAAAAAAAGGUUAAACCGGAGUUACCACCCAAGCUAGAUGCGUGGUUAAGAGUAUUAUCUGCUGAGGCAUUCCUUGAGCUUGAAAUAAUGUUGUUUAGGUUUAAUUAUUUAUUUUGUACAUUUUCUAAAUAAAUUAUUUAUAAUUUUUGUACUA